UAUUGAACCAUUAGAUAUCGAAGUAUAACUAAUUUUGAUUAUAAUUAAAUUAUUAUUUACUACGUCACUUAAUCGCACAGAGUAGAAUUCUUUUAUUAUUCAGCGCUAUGGCAGCAAAUGAAGAUGGUAUUCUGUGUGGUCCGCAAGAAGAAUUUAAGAUUUGGUUCGACUCUCUUGGAAAACACUUCUACGCUUGCCUGAAGGAUAAAGACCCAAAUGAUAUUAUAGCGAUUGAUCCAGUUUCGAAAGAGUCCAUAACGGCUGGAGACCUGUUAGACAAAAGCGUCAGGUUAUCAUGCGCCUUACGACGGCUGUCUGUACAAAAGGACGAUAUAGUUGCCAUAAUUUCCGAAAACUGUAUCGGCUACUAUGUGGCUCUACUAGCCUCAUUCUAUUGUGGAGCAAUCAAUUUCCUAAUCAACGCCGCCUAUGUGCCACGAGAAUUAAAGCAUGCCUUCACUAUUGCGCAGCCUAAAAUAAUACUGUGCACCUCAUCGUCGUUGCCAAACGUGUUAAAAGCUAAAGAAGAACUCAUGAUUGAAUCUACUAUCAUUUCAAUUAACGAAUUUGUGAAUAACGAUCUAGAGUACUUAUGCAUGAACUCUUUGAUUCAAAAUGAAGCAAGGGUCGAUGACUUUAAAGUGGAAACUGUUGAUAGCAAAGAUAUAGCUGUGCUCUGCUUGUCCUCGGGCACUACGGGUUUGUCGAAAUGUGUCGAGCUCUCACACCGAAACUUCAUACCAUUCGCCAAUGCUCUUCGAGAUGAGCGAUAUCUCAACUUAAAAGAUGACGUGAUUCUAUCAGUUCUACCAUUUUUCCAUAUAUACGGAUUACUAAUUUGCACAUCCGCAAUAAUGACCUCCGUCAAAGUAGUUGUAAUCUCUUCAUUUAAACCUGACAUAUUCUUAGAUUCUAUUCAGAACCUAAAGGGAACGCAAUUAUUUCUCGUGCCUCCUUUGCUUCAAUUUCUUUUAAAAAGUCCCUUAGUUAACAAGUACGACAUUUCAUCCGUGAAAAGCAUUGUUGUCGGAGCUGCGCCAAUCGGAAACGAUUUAUAUAAAGAAUUCCAAAAUAGGUUCAAGGAUAUAACAGUUCGACAGGUUUACGGCUCAACGGAAUGUGGCGGUUUAGUAUCAAUUCAAAACUACACGGAUCACACCGAAAACGUGGGGUCACUCAUUUUCGGCUUUAAGGGCAAGAUCGUUGAUCUGUCAACCCAGAAACCGGUUUCUUCGUUACAAAUUGGCGAAUUAUGUCUCAAAAGCAUGUCCAUUAUGGUCGGCUACCAUAAUAAUGAUAUAGAAACUCGAAAUUCAUUCGAUGAUGAUGGUUUUUAUCAUACAGGGGAUAUCGGAUACUAUGACGAAGAAGGGAAGUUGUUUAUUAUCGACAGGAUAAAGGAAAUUAUAAAGUAUAAGGGUUUUCAGGUACCCCCUUCGGAAUUGGAGGAUAUCAUCAUGUCGCACCCUGCUGUACAAGACUGCGGAGUUAUUGGUAUGCCUCAUGACAGAGCUGGUGAAGUUCCGGUAGCUUUUGUUGUUGUACAGGAUGGCAUGAAAGUUACGGAGGAGGAAUUAGUGCAACUUGUAGCAGAAAAUGUAUCUACCCAUAAACAUCUUUAUGGUGGUGUACGUUUUAUGGAAAAAAUUCCAAGAACGGUGACAGGAAAAAUCUUAAGAAGAGAGCUCAAAACACUUAUUUAAAAACACUUUUAAUACUUAGUUCCCAAGUGUAGUUGGUACAAUUAAAAUUUUCAUCUUUUGAAAAAU